AUGCGCGUCGUGGAUAAGCUUGAGUGGCCUGAGCCGGUGAGUAUUGACUUGUUGGCGGAGUUUCGAUGGCUGGUUGGCGAUGCCCCCCAGCAUGGCCCAUCCGCUGCGACAGUGUCAUUGAACGCCAAGGUCGGCACUCUGAAAGAAACAUCUCCGUACACGCAGCUGUUUGCAGAAGCACAUCGAGCCAAGCUGGUGCUCACGUCUGCCCAAAUUGCCGACCGAAAGGUGCGGCGUGUCGCCGACGCGAUGGAAAUGCACGUCCAGAAUCCAACCAACAACUACAACCGUCCACUACCACACAAACCUCGACGACGAACCUCGAAACCAGUCGAGGCACCCACUAGAACUCCCUUUCUUGAAGACAUAGACUUCAAAUCAUGGCGCGACGAAGCGCAAGCGUGCUUGGCUGUGCCCGUCAUCGCUCCCAUCAUCGCAGAGCCUGAAAUUCACUCCACUGACUUAUACGAGCGUAGUGAUACACCACACGAGAUGGCGGUGCCAACCGUGUCGAAGAGGCCAUCAACUGUGACAGCUGACACCUCGGCACAUGUCUCAACGAGUUCAAACGUUGUCGCAGACGUGAGCCCACCAUUGUCCACUUUGGAAGCAACUACCAAGGACGAACAAGAGUUCCAUCCAGAAUUUCCGCAAGAUCCGUGGGUCACCGCCCAGUUAGACCCGGUCGAGCUCACUCAAGACGUUCUGCUUGAUCCCGACGAUGGCCCAAGCAGCUUUCCAAUUGCCAAUCAAACACCACGGGAAGGACUGGCCAAGUACUCUGUGGAAAUGCAGCGGCGAAUACGUGGCACAAUCUACGCCCACGCUGGCACAGACAUGUGGACCGACCAGACGUCGUCCCUCCUCGCUGCCGAAAUGAGCGCUGACAUCAUCUUUGGUGACGGGACUGAGGGCAACGCAACUCCUUUCGACACUGGUGCUGCAGUUCUGCCAGAUCCAGUCCAGCUCGAGGCCGACUGGAUUCAGCGUACGGCCGCGGUAAUUCGGGAUGCCGCGCAGACCGAACUGGCGGACGGCCAUGUGCAAGCUGCCGUAGCCACGCUUGAGACGGGGGUGCACAAAUUGCUUCAGGACGACAAUGUCGACAAAGGAUCGUCAUCGUGGGGGUUCAACUACUCGAUGGCCGUACACGCCCACGCGACGACGAUUCAGAAAGCGUAUCGACGCCGAUUCGGCAGAAUGAACAAUGCGAUUAUCAACAUCACGCGACUGUACCGUGGGUUUCACAUCCGACGAAGGCUGGCCAAGCGCUUGUGGCUGACAAAUGAGAGCGCGGCAUGCAUCCAGCGAUGGUGGCACGCUUGCAACUUGCAUAAAGAGGCCAUGCGUCUCCGCAUCCAAACGGCCAUGCGAGUGAAACUCGCUCGAAAGGAGGUGCACGCGCGCCGCCAGCGGAAAAUGCUGGUGCGCAAUUUGGCGUUGUUUGUGAAAGCGUGGCUAGUGGGGUACCAUUCCGUCAAGCAACGACGGCUACGACUAGGCCACGCCCAAUUUUGUGCGCAGACGAAAGAUCGAUGGAUACGGGGGUACGUGGCACGCUAUCGUGUCCGCCAGCUCAAGCGUCGUCUGGAACUGGACGAAGCGGCGCGGUCGAGUCGGGAGCGGGCAUAUACUGUGACAAACGUAGCCGUGAAAAUGGCAGACUUUCAACGACAGUUGAUCUCGGCGUCCAAAUCCUCGGUGCUCGGAGCCAGACGCACCCGUCUCACGCUGCAGUUGAAAGCGACUGCGAGCCAAAGAAGUGACGCGAGAAAGCACCUACCGCCAGAGGCGUUCCGUCGUGCGCAGGUUCGAGAUGUGUUUGACGCUUACGACGUGGACGGGUCUGGCACUAUCGACGCCACUGAACUCAAGAGUUUGUUUGACGAGCUUGGCAUUGCCAUCGACCGCCGAGAGCUCCACGAUGCACUGGAUGCGAUGGACACCGAUCACAACGGCGUCGUGGAUUUUGACGAAUUUAUCCAUUGGUUGCAUUCGCCACCGGCCCAGCAAGGCCAUCGAGUCCGACGCCUCAACCGUCCUGAACUGGUUUACCUCAAGAUGAAACUGAACAUGAAGCACUUGUUGAACCGGUUCACGGACGCGUUCUACUCCCAGCAUGCCACGAGGCUGCUUGUGCAUGACGAAAGCGUCCGUCAAGCCUCGGCCGUCGUCCUGGCCUUUCGCGCGUUGGAGCCACCAGCGUACGCGUGUCUGUAUUGCGGCAUGGCGUUUGCCCUGUACAAAUCGCACUGGACCCACCAGCGCACAUGCGACAAGAACGUCACGCGUCAGUUUCCACGAGACGGCAGCCCCGAAGACGACGAGGUCCUCCGGAAGGCGCUCGAAGACGAAGCGGUGGCCGCGGCGGUGGCGGUAGGCGUCGAACACGUCCACGCGUACGUGGCCACACCGUCGGGGCGUCGAGUCCUGCGCCGAGAAAUGCAGCGAGUCAAGCGCCUCACGCCUCAACGAGCCAAUGCAGCCACCAAGAUGGACAGCAUGCGAUUGCACUAUCUCUUCCACUCGUACGACCUAGACGAGUCUGGGUACCUCGACCGUCGCGAGUUUGCAGAGAUCGCUCGGGAUUUGGGGGAGGUGACGACCCCUUCCACGUUUGAUGCAUUGGACAUGACUGGUACUGGCAAGUUGUCGUUCGCCAUUUUUGAGAAAUGGGCCACGAGCCUCAACAUGACAACGGCAACUGGGCCAAUGGCUGCAGUCCGUCAAUUCAAGCGACUGUGGACACGACUGGUGUAUGGGAACAAGGCCCAGCGACGGGCCGAGGCAUUGCGAUAUGUGGUUGCUCGUGAGAAAAAGUUUAUUGAAACCAAGACGAGGCGCGAGUUUCGAAAAGUGUUUCCGCCGCGGUACCAAUGUUCAGAUUGCCAAGCAGGUACCACAACGUCGUUUAGCAUAUGCUAA